GAAGCGGCACAACUUCCAAAGGAAUAUCCCCUCCAGUUGGGCUUGGCAUACUUGUUGCUUGUUGGCUAUUUGGUUCGAACCUUGUUCGUGAGUUGCAAUUUGCCAGCAUCCGUUGGCGUUAUUUUGACGGGAUGGAUCUUCAGCUAUUUCAUUCAGGAAGACAUCUUUGUGGGCAGGGACAUGUUGCAAGAGCUUGCUUUCUUUCUGGUCCUUUUGACUGCGGGUCUGGAGAUUUCCAUACUUCAUCUGAAGCCAUAUUUCUUUGUCCUGGCUUUGAUUCCAUGCACUGCAGAGUUGCUGACCAUUGCAGCUUACUCAGUAUGCAAUCUGGAGUUUACCUGGGCUGAAGGUUUGAACCUGGGGACCGUGCUGGUCGCUGUUGGUGAUGGUUUGGUGAUUCCCAAGAUGAAAGAGUUCAGUUUGCUACACAAGCAGCAUCCAAUGACCUAUUUGAUGCUUUGUUGGGCGCCUGUAGAGGCAAGCUACGCGCUAACUUUGUUUGGUGUCUUCACUGCGGUUUCUGCUCCUGCAACAAUGCCCAGCCUGAACGUGGUCUUGCUCCUGGCAUCAACCAUCGUGCGCAUUGCGGCUACUGUUGUUGUUGGAGCAGCCCUGGGCUAUGCAGCAGGUUUCCUCAUCGAGAAGAGGAAGAAGGCGACUCUGUUUAGCCACAAGGUCUUCACCAACGAACCGGUCGAGGCUUUUCUCAUGCUGUUGGCCAUUGCCCUUUGCGCCUACGGGCUGGGAAGCAGCACAAAGGGCAGGCCGACACUGCCGCUCUUCUUGGGAUACGGUUCGCUCUUCCAACCAGAGCUGAUGGUCAUUGUCACUGGGUCAGUCUUUGCAAUGUUCUGCGAGAAGCAUUGCCCGGAAAUCCUCGUGGAGGUUGAAACCAUUAUGGGUGGUGUGUGGGUGUUUGCCCAGUUGAUUCUGUUUGCCAUGCUUGGCAGCAAGACGAGUCCCUCCAUUUUCCCGAACCUUGUCAAAGUGCUUCCGAUCAUGGCUGUAGGGCUGCUUGCUCGGUUUGCUGGAGUUCUGGUUAGCGUGAAAGCAACUGCUGAGCAUCGUGGAGCUCAGAACCAAAGAUGGCAGCAGAUGAUAGCAGAUGCGUGCUUCUGCUUCCUUUCAGUCCUUCCACGGGCCACCAUCCAGGGCGCACUUGGUGCGGUGCCCGUGAACCAGCGCUUCUUUCAGGACGUGGCGCGGGAAGAUCGAAGCGAGGCUCGCGACUUCAUUUUUACGGCUGCCAGGUUAUACAUCUUCUGUAUGUCCAUUGUCGGGAUGUUCCUCUUAAAUACCUUCGGGCCGGUGCUGUUGAAGGACAUGCAAGCGGCUCACUAA